UUGCAUUGCUGUCUCGGCCAGGCCAAGUCAGUCGCUUAGCAGCCGCGAACGCGAGCAAAACACACGUUUCCAAUUCUCAAAACCGGGCGACCUUCAUUAGCACACACAAAAAUAAGUAGAAAGAAUUGUAUUACUAGUGCUUCAAAAGUGUUUUUACCAAUUUUGUUUGCUCACAGCUAUUUGGCUGCAAAUAAUUCAAGUCAAGAAAAAAUCAAAUAGCACAUCAAAAAUUGUGGCUAAAUCAAAUUGAUCAAUAGCCUUGAAAUGCACAAAGGUCUUUGCUGUUCUCAAGUGUUGUUGUUGUGAAACUGUGCGACUGUGUGCGAGUGUGUGUAUGUGUGUGUGGGUGUGGGUGUAGCUGCAGCUGCGGUGCAUAAUUAUUUGGGUCAAAGCGAAAAGCUGCAGCUUUGCCAGGACACUGCUCGAAAGUUCAAACAUCCAUCCUGCUGGACUAAUCCACCUGUUAUGAAGACACGCAGAGCAACAACAACAACAACCACAACAACAACUAGCAAAAUCGUAAGAGGAACAAGCACAAGAGUCUAGGCUAUUUGGACAUAGAGUUAGUUAGAGUGAGAGCGCGAAAGAGCGAGAUAGACGCUAUGGAGGCCACUCAGCCCAAGGUGCAUCGUCAACAUCAGCGUCAGCGACGAACGGAGGCGCGACAACGUCGCCUGGAGCGUGAAGCAGCCGCCGCCGCCUCAACGCCUCCCGAUCACGAUGGCCAGGAUCUCAGCAUGGCUGUUGUCGAGACGCUGGAGAGCUGUGCUGCUGCCCUCAAUGAUACGGCAUCCACAACAACGAGCACAACGGUGGGUCGCAUCAGUGCCCAGAGUUCGGCGGACAGCAUUGAGAUGGUCGGCUCACCGAGUCAGACAUCACAGCAGACCGUGGUGCUGGUGAAUGGACAUGCACCGCCCUCGCAGGAUACGCUCGAGGAGAGCGCAUCGCUAGGUGCUGACGAGCCAGCUGUGGAGGCUGUCGAACAGCCUACGGAGAUUAGCACACAUCUGGAGUCGCCCACACAGCCGACAAAGCAGAGCGAUGGCAGUCGCAAUUCCUCGGGCGAUGCCAUGAGCUUGAGGGAGACGCUGCGUCAGUUGCCUGCAACGCACGGACAUCGUUCGCGACGCACACAUUCACCACAGUCGCCGGCGCUGCGUUCGCUGGAGGUGGAUUCGUCCUUUCAUCGCGGCAUCUUGGGCUACAUUGAUCGCGAGCUCAAGCAGAGCUCUCCGACACCCUCGGCGCUCAGCAUGGGCGCGGGCAGCAGUGCUGGAGGUGGCAACAGUGUUGGUGGCGGCGCCUCGAGGAAGCAGCAAUCGCUGUCCGAUCCCCAGGCGAGUCCGGCACAGCGUUCGCUGCGUUCGCGGAACAGCUUCGAUAAGAGUCCUCGUCGCAAGCGCAGCAAGUCGGAGUCGCGACGGCGGCGUGAACGGAAGCUGAUUGCUGCCGGCGAGAUGGAGGUGCGUCAGGCUAAUGAGACAUUGAUGCGUUACCUCAAACAGUGCUCGGAUAUGCACGACGCAUCGCUGUCGGGGGAGCUGGAGAUUGAUCAGAGUCUCGAGGAGCGACGGGUGCAUCGCAAGACGAAAUCGCAGCGGGAUAAGCGGGGUCAGCUCAUCGCUCUCGUUCAAUCUGCAGGCAAACUUUACUCAGCUGGCGGGCUAUCAUCCAUCCUGAAAGAGCUGGCUGAUGACAUUGCGCCCGCCGACGGCGAUGAGAUCUACAAUCCAUUCACACCCGUCGUCUCACCCACGGACGAUACGCCCGCGCACAUCGAUAAAAUGUUUCUGCAGACGUCAUCGGGAUAUCGACCCGUCGAACAGAGCUACUACAAGCGUUCCUUUGUUGGUGCCGCGCGUGGGGCAGCAGCUGGCACCAGCUCCGGCUCUGGCUCCGGCUGCAUUGGUGCCAUCGAUGGCAUCUCUGCUGCCGAGUUGGGUGGAGCCGGACGCCUCUUUCGCUCCCAUGGCGGGGGCGUUGGCGGUGGCGGUGGCAAUAGCGUCAGUGGACGUGGCAGCUAUGGAGAUACGCGCUGUCUGCUCGAUGCCGAACUAAAUCGUAAUGGCAUCUCGAGCAACAUCCAACUAGCCUGUGUUAUUCAACGAAUUUGGUUGCUCAUAUCGAACAUAUGCCAUGGGCUGCUAGCUGGUCUAGCCUUGGCCCAUCUACUCUUUGUGCUGAGCAGUCAUCCCACGGAUUGGGCAAAGGUCAUCAAUAGCAUGAGUCUUGCGGGCGAGACUUUGGGAGCUGCAUCCGCAUCGACAACACGGGCAACAACCACGACCAUUACAGCAGCGACAACAACAGAGAUGCCAAAUCUGGUGAUAGAACUGAGCAAUGCGAAUGCCGGAAUGUCAGCGGAAACGGGAACUGGAUCAACGACGACAACAACAUCCACAACAACGACGACCACAAGUAGUGAAACAUUGGCGUUGAUUAGCGAUUAUGCCGGAUUUGCGGAUAUAUAUCUAAACACUUUCUAUUGCUUGGCUAUCGUUUGUUUAGUUUCGGUUUUCGAUCGCAUGGAUAUCUGUCGUUGGAGCUUCUCGAAUGCGAGUGAAUUAAUAUCGUUCCGUUGGCUGAUCAUCACCAUGAUAUAUAUAGCAACAAUAAUCUUAACUAUAUGCUCCGAUUCCAUAGAUGAGAAACUAUAUCUGUUCAAUAACAAUGCAAACAUAACGUUAACCCAACAGGAGUUGCUAAGCAACAGUGUGCAGAGCGUGUGGAGCAGUUUAUCGGUGACGAGGAGCAUUGCUGCUAUAUCGGGCUGGAUUAUGAUUGGUCUGACGCCUCAGGAGGAUAUGCUGUAUGAGCAUCUGGUUGAUCUAACCAAAUAUCAAUUGACAAAUAAUUGAAUUUAAGUAAAGAAUGAUAACGUUUUGUAAAUACUUAUUGUGUAGUAAGAAAAAACUCUUAACUAAGUAGCUGCUGUUGUUCAGUAAUUGGCUUUUUAUAUUGUAUAAUCGAAAUGAGUUAGCUAAAGUAAACUAUUUAACAAAAACAAUAACGCAUAGAACUUGUAUACCUAGAAUCUGAGAAAAACCAAAAUCCCAAAAACAAAAAUGUAAGGAAUGAGAAACCAAAAAACCGAGAAACCCAACUUAAGCUUUAAAAGACGUGUAAACAAUUUAGCAAUUUGCUAAGUAAUUGCAUUGAUGCCCUUCACUGGCCGCUAGAACAAAAUUUAGUUCGUUAAGUCAACUGCCAAUCGAUAGAUUGGCACCAACCAUAUAAUACUAUAAACUAAUUAAACUGAACACGCCACAUAUGUAUGUGUGUAUAUAAUGAAUGAUGUAGACAUAUACUUAUACGAUUAUACUAAACAUUAUUAUUAUAAUUUUAGUAAACAUAUCGUCUUUAGUAAACAUAUUUAAUAAUAUAUAUACAGAUAUACAACAACAACAAUAUAUAUAUUUAUGAACGUCAUCGUUGUGGCAGUUUAACAAACAAAAAAGGCUUCUUAGUUCUAAGUACUUACUACAGUUGGUAUCGGUUAUGUGCAACCGAAAUGUUCAAAAGCAAUACAUAAAUAUGUUCAUAGUAAAGAAUGGUUGAUAUAUUAUUUGUUAUGCCUCAAAUGCUGAUUUGCCAAAACACUUUCAAAACUUGUUUUCAUUUCAUUUUAAUAUAUUUUCAACAACAACUCCAAUUGAUAUAAGUCUGUAAAUUAAAAGGAUUUCAUAUCCAUGUGUAAAUAAUUUCCUAUAAGUUAUUAUCAGCCGCAGUCUGAAUUACAAUUUCGCAACAAUGUCACGCGUGAAACUGCUGCUAAAGUGAAAUCCAGAUCACGUCUGUGUACUAUGCUUCAGCAAUGCAAUUAUAUAUUUAUUAUAUUAGCGAUAUCCACUGUAGUAAAUCAAAUUUGAUAAAUGCUAAUAAAAUUUGUAAAGCGUUAAUUACAUACAUAAUACAAGUGUAUAUACAAUAUAUAUAUAUAUAUAUAUUACUUACAUACAUAUAUACUCGAACGUAUAUGUGACUAUUUUGAAUAAUAAGUAUACUAACGAAUCGAAUUGUAUAAAAAACAAAAUGAUACAAUUAUUUAAUCAUUAUAUAAACAAAGUAUUCAAUUGCGUUCCAGACAAAUAUACAAUACACCUAUGUUGAUAUUUUUUAUUUUAGUUCAAGAUUUUUCAAGCAAAACGUUUUGGCUCCAGUUUUUUUUUGUUUUGUGAAAUAUAAAUUAAGAUAACACGAGUAUGAAACAAUUAUUAUACAAUACAUAUGGGAUACAGAUGAUAAAUGACAGAUUAUGGAUGGACAAAACGAGCUAAUAAAACGAGACAAGUGAAAACGACACAACUAGCAAAACAUAUUGUAAAAUUGUAUAUAAAAUAUAUAAAUGCAAAUAAAAAAUUGUAAAA